AUGAAUAAUAAUAACAAUCAACAUCAACAACAAGGUAAUCACCAUCAACAAUAUUCUGUACCACCAUUCCAAAAUCCGCAUCAGAUGCUAUAUUCAUUACCUCAGUAUCAUCAGUCAACUAAUCAACAUUCACCAACCCAACAUCAACAACCACAAUUUUAUGAUACUAUUCAACCAAGUAAUUAUAUCAUGAUGCAAAAUGUAUCACCACCUACAUAUACAAAUCAGCAGCAACAGCAAUUCUUUAAUUAUCAACAACAACAACAACAUCAACAUCAGUUACAACAACAAUAUCAUCAACAACAAUUAUUACAACAACAUCACCAUCAACAACAACAACUGCAAGUUCAAAAGAAACCAACUUCUCCAAAAGUUAAGAAACCAAUCAAAUCUCCAGUUGAUGGUUCAAAACAUGUAAUACAUGGUAAUUUCCCUGAAAGAAUUCAAGAGAUUUUACCAGCUCCACCAUUAAGUAGGGCUUCAAUACGCCCUGAUAUUACUAUAAGUACAACUGCAAAAAGAGCCAAAAGAAAAUCAAAAUUCAGUCAAGAACAAGAUGAUAUGAUUGUGAAUUUAAAAAGAAAAGGUAAAUCAUGGGUUGAAAUUGCAGAAAUAGCUGGUGUUGAUUCUUAUUUAGCUGCUAGAAAUAGAUAUCAAGUUAUUGUUGGUCAACAAGGUAAUAAUAAUUCAAGUGCAUGGGAUAAUAAAGAUAAAGUUUUCCUUCAACAAUUAUUAGAUGCUGGUGAAUUUGAAAAAUGGAAGUUCAUUAGUAAUGAAUUGAAUAAAUCAACAAAUAAAAAUUUCACCGAUUAUGAAUGUAGAGAAAUGAUUAGAGAAUUAUUUUGGUUAAAUCCUGUUUCAUUUGGUGUUAGUGAAGAAACUAUAAAAGAAUGUCAAAAGGAAAAGAAAUUAACUGAAAAGACCAUUGAACAAAGAGAACAGCAAAAACGAAAAAGAUUAUCUAUUAUUGAAGGUACUUAUCAACAAAAUCAAUCUCAACCACACUGCUUCACCUCAACGAUAUUAUAA